CUCUUUUCAGGAAUGACUGUUGAUAGUGCUAAUGAGAUUCCUAAGGCAGCGACUAGUAAUGGACCUCAACUAUUUGAUAUUUUUUGGGUCAAAUGCUGAACUUCCGCAAGAGCAAGAAAAUCGUAAAAAAGAUGUCAAUGAUUUAAUUGCUGGUUUAUCCAUUAAUGGAAAUGUCUCAUAUACGAUAAAGAAAGGAAUGCUUCCUGGGGCACUCUCUGAGACCAUCUUCUGAGAUUCAAAUAGUUACUCCCCCAAGCAAGUCUCCAAUGGUGCUUUGAAUGGUUUUGGUUCUCAAACGGCUGGCAUGAAUGCGAAUGUCAUGUCUCCUUUGGGUUUAAUGCAAUGUAAUAUCCCUCCAGGCAUUAUGUUCAAUCCAGCUUUUCCUUCUCAACCAAUGAAUUAUGGCGCCAUGGGGAAUUUCUUUGCCCAGCAGCAGUUCCUAGCAGCAAUGUCCAACUUUCAGCAGCUGGGGAACCUGACUUCUCAAAGUGCUGGCAUGGGCCAUGCUGGUGGAACAAUGGAAGGAGGAUAUUCUUCACCCCUUCCUGACAUUUUCCAUCCACAUAUUCCUACUCAAAGUCCUACUGCAGUAAUGACCAGUUCAAAGAAAGAGGAGACAAAAGCAUUUGAUUUUAUCUCUGAUCAUCUGGCCGCUGCUCGAGAUCCAAAGAGGGUGAUUUGAAUUGGAGCUCUUAUGCUGAACACAUCAAUGAUGACAUGUUUAUUUUUAGGCAAGUAUAUCGCAGCUGGUUAUUUUCUUUCAACUGAGAAGCUGAAUUCUUUUGCAAUAAUGGGACAUCUGGAGAUGUUAAAAGAGUCAUGUUUCAAUGAAAAUAGGACUGUAACUUAUAAAACGGGGAAAAUCCCACAACUGAAAAGGAAAGAGAGUGGAAAAAUUGCAGAUUUGUGGUGUAGUGGAAGAUGGAAGAAGAGUGAGAGAAUGUGGUUGUGUAAGUUUGGUUUCUCAACUUUGGGUAUUCUGUAAGUGGAGGCACUCCUUGCUUUUCUUUACGUUGUAAUGGAUUUGUAGAGUUGUUCUAUGAGGAAUGCUUGUGGUAGAUACAUUUGUUGGAUUGAGGGAUCUGUUUUUAUGUUGAUUCAACACACUUUCAGUCCCAAUCUAUUAUUUGAUUAGAUUAUUGAGUCA